AAUACGAAAUAAAAAGUCGACUCUUAUCUACAUUACAUUUUAUGACCGUUGAAAUCUACAAUUUUAAUGUCGAUUAAUUAAAAAUUAAUUUAUUAAGAUAAUUAAACAAAUAAUGAUGAAAGAGAAAUUAAACAAAAAUUUGCGAGGACAAAAUAAAACUAAUGAAAUUUUUACCAACGAGCUUGAAGCAACCGUUUCUUUUCAAAUAUCCGAAUCUAAAUGGCAGGAUAUUUUUGAAGAAGAGAAUAAUUCCUUCAUCGUGAAUUCUAUUUUAAAUGAAAUCAUUUCUUCGACGAUGAAUGCAAUUUACAAUGUGUAUCUUGAAAAAGCAGUUUAUUCAUUUGUAGUUCAUUGUUCGCAUGUAGCCUGGCUACAACUAUUCGAUGCAAUGGACUUACAGUAUGAUUUAGGUGAAGAUCCUACAUCAAUUAAAAAAUACUGGAUAGGAGACGAAGAACACAGACCAUCACCGGUUGAUUUAUUAUGUUUUAAAAAUGUCAAAAUACGUAAAAAGUGUCAAAUUUGUCCAUCUUCCGAGAACUAUCAAAAAUCAUCAAACUGAUUUAU